UACAAUAAGAGCAAUAAAGCAUUCUCUCUUAAAUUUCUGAAAGUUUCUUUGUACGAGAGCCCGAAGAAGUCAAAGGAAAUCCUCAGGUAUCACAUUGGCCUCACAGAUUCUUCCAGAACAAUGAAGCCCUCCAGCAUUAAAAGAUCAUUUCUCUCUCUUUCUCUACUUGCCUUUCUUCUGUUGGCUACGCUGCCUCAUCUCUCUCGUGCUGACGUCGGCACUGCCGCUCACUACAGUCCUCCAUACACACCGACCGCGUGUUUCGGUAAUGAUCCAUCGCAGUUCCCAUCGAGCAACCUCUUUGCUGCGGCGGGUGAAGGGAUCUGGGACAACGGAGCAUCGUGUGGGAGGCAGUACCUAGUGCGGUGCAUCAGCGCCUCCGUCUCUGGAACCUGCAUUCCCAGCCAAACUAUCCAAGUCCGAAUCGUCGACCGAGCGCUAACCGCGUCUUCACGCCCCUCGAGCAAGGGCGCAACCAUCGUCCUCUCAACAACGGCAUUUGGUACUAUUGCAAAGUCUUCCGCCGCAGCCGUCAACGUUGAGUAUCAACAGGUUUGAAGGGGACAUACACAUGGACAUCUGAGCUGGUCAACGAGUUCCCCGGUCUAAAUAAUUAGGAAAUAAUGCGGUUUCAUCUGUUAAACGUACUAAACUGGAUAUUGAUCAAUAUAAUUAU